GAGGGCAGAAUGUGGGCUGGGCCAAGUUUAGAAUUACAAGUGCAGUAGGAGCUGGAGCCACACUUUAAAUAGCCAGCACCUUCCCCUUCCCCUGGCUAAUCCUUCUUCCCCGACGGGACCUCUGGUAACAGCUGCACCAAGGUGGGAUGGAUAGCAGGGUCUCGGGCACAACCAGUAACAGAGAGACAAAACCAGUGUUCCCAGUCACGGAAAAGGUGGAGGAAGAUGGCACCCUGGAACGGGGACACUGGAACAACAAGAUGGAGUUUGUGCUGUCAGUGGCCGGGGAGAUCAUCGGCCUGGGCAACGUCUGGAGGUUUCCCUAUCUCUGCUACAAAAAUGGGGGAGGUGCCUUUUUCAUCCCCUACCUCAUCUUUCUGUUUACCUGUGGCAUUCCUGUCUUCCUCUUGGAGACAGCGCUGGGCCAGUACACCAGCCAGGGAGGCAUCACAGCCUGGAGGAAGAUCUGCCCCAUUUUCGAGGGCAUCGGCUAUGCCUCCCAGAUGAUUGUCAUCCUCCUCAACAUCUACUACAUCAUCGUCCUGGCCUGGGCCCUCUUCUACCUCUUCAGCAGCUUCAGCAUCGACCUUCCCUGGGGAAGCUGCCGCCAUGAGUGGAACACAGAACACUGUGUGGAGUUCCAGAGGACCGAAGGCUCCCUGAAUGUGACCUCUGAGAACGCCACCUCUCCUGUCAUCGAGUUCUGGGAGAGGCGGGUCUUGAAGCUCUCCGACGGCAUCCAGCACCCUGGGGCCCUGCGCUGGGAGCUGGCGCUGUGCCUCCUGCUCGCCUGGGUCAUCUGCUACUUCUGCAUCUGGAAGGGGGUCAAGUCCACGGGCAAGGUGGUGUACUUCACAGCCACAUUCCCUUACCUCAUGCUGGUGGUCCUGUUAAUUCGAGGGGUGACACUACCAGGGGCAGCCCAAGGAAUUCAGUUUUACCUGUACCCAAACCUCACCCGUCUGUGGGAUCCCCAGGUGUGGAUGGACGCAGGCACCCAGAUCUUCUUCUCCUUCGCCAUCUGUCUAGGGUGCCUGACUGCCCUGGGCAGCUACAACGAGUACCACAACAACUGCUACAGGGACUGCAUCGCUCUCUGCUUCCUCAACAGCGGCACCAGCUUCAUGGCCGGCUUUGCCAUCUUCUCCAUCCUGGGCUUCAUGUCUCAGGAGCAGGGCGUGCCCAUCUCCGAGGUGGCCGAGUCAGGCCCUGGCCUGGCUUUCAUUGCCUACCCGCGGGCUGUGGUGAUGCUGCCCUUCUCCCCCCUGUGGGCCUGCUGCUUCUUCCUCAUGGUGGUCCUCCUGGGACUGGACAGCCAGUUUGUGUGCGUAGAGAGCCUGGUGACGGCACUAGUGGACAUGUACCCCCGCGUGUUCCGCAAGAAGAACCGGAGGGAGGUCCUCAUCCUUGGAGUGUCAGCCGUCUCCUUCCUUCUUGGGCUGGUCAUGCUCACAGAGGGUGGUAUGUAUGUGUUUCAGCUCUUUGACUACUACGCAGCCAGCGGCAUGUGCCUCCUGUUCGUGGCCAUCUUUGAGUCCCUGUGUGUGGCUUGGGUCUACGGAGCCGGGCGCUUCUAUGACAACAUUGAAGACAUGAUUGGGUACAGACCACGGCCUCUUAUCAAAUAUUGCUGGCUCUUCCUCACACCAGCUGUGUGCACAAAGGAUAAACUGAGGCCCAGAGCUGUCAGACGGUUUGACUACCACCACAAUGCCACCUUCCUCUUCUCCCUCAUCAAGUACACCCCGCUGACCUACAACAAGAAGUACACAUACCCGUGGUGGGGUGAUGCCCUGGGCUGGCUCCUGGCUCUGUCCUCUAUGGUCUGUGUCCCUGCCUGGAGCAUCUACAAGCUCAGCACCCUCAAGGGCCCCUUCAGAGAGAGAAUCCGCCAGCUCGUGAGCCCGGCUGAGGACCUGCCCCCAUGGAACAGAGAAGCCGGCUCUCCUGCCACACCCAGGACAUCACUCCUCAUGCUCACAGAACGAGAGUCGCACUGCUAGGUGGUUGGUGCCUGUGAGCCUGGCUGCGGGGCAGCUGCAGGAGAGGGCGGGACAGCCCCCCUGAGCUUCUCUGCACCCCCUGGAGUAGCUAAGACAAAACGGGGUUUUUCUGGAACGCACCUCCUGAGCUGGGGGGCUCCCAUCCCGACUUCUGCUCCAGGGGUGCCCUGGCAGGUGGGAAAGGCCGCAUCAGGAGCACUCCCUUUGGGCUGGGCCUGGGAAGCUCGGGGAGGGCUGGCGAGUGGGGGGGACCACUCUGUUUGGGUGCUCCCCUUCCUUGCAUUAAAUCCCUGCUCCUCCCACCGCCGGCCCACAGUU